AUGGCUCUCCUGUCCCGCUUCGCGCCAUCUUCCGAUGUGGCAGUUCCUGGCCAGCUGAGCCUUAGCAAGUUAUUGCUGCUUGGCUUCGGAAGCCUGGCAGCUGGUGGCGCAGUCCUUUGGUCGCUCUCCAGGUGCUUCAGGUGGAGUCGCCCAAGGCAAGUGCGCAUUGCCAGCCUUUAUGUUUACCCCAUCAAAGGCUGCAAAGGGCACCGGCUACCCAAAGCGCGUCUCACAAAGUGGGGUUUGGAAGAUGACCGUGUGUACAUGAUCGUGAACGAGAAGAUGGAAUUCGUGUCGCAGCGGGAACUACCCAAAAUGGCUCUGAUCCAUCCAGACUUGCCGACCGCAAGUGGCCUCAAGCUGCGUGUCGCUCCAGAGGUUGGACAGGGGGUGGAGCCCCUUCUGGUGCCGUUGAAGCUGGAUGGCCCUGAGAAGAAGGUCCGCGUUUGGGAGGACUGGGUGCCCGCAAUCGACCAAGGUGAUGAGGUUUCAAAGUGGCUCUCGAGCUUCCUGCGCACUGAUGGCCUGCGGCUAGUAAGAAUCGCCAAAACGGCACAGCGCAUCACCGAUCCCAAGUAUGGCACUGGGGAGACCGCCUUCUCAGAUGGCUUUCCUGUGCUCGUUACCUCCCAAGCUUCCAUUGAUGCGAUUCGCAGGAAAGUGCUGAGGGAAGGUGGCCCGGCCGUGGGAAUCGAGCGCUUCCGGCCUAACAUCCAUGUUGAAGGGUGUGGGGCAUUUCAAGAGGAUGAAAUGCGGUCCCUGUCUCUGCCUGGAGUACAGCUGCCGUUGGUGAAACCGUGCUCCCGAUGUACCGUCCCUGGCAUUGACCCACAGACUGGGACCAGGACAAAGCAGACUGGCGGUGCGGUCACGAAAACCUUGAGGGAACAUCGUUCAGGACAGUUGAUGGCCAAAAGCGCUGCGCUGCAUCAAGCCUUCUUCAGCGAGUCCAAGAGGGCAGAUGAUGUCUACUUUGGACAGAAUGCACUAGUUUUUCUGGACAAGGCUGUCGGGACGGAGAUAGCUGAGGGUGACCUGGCAGCCGUCACUUGGUAG